AUGUCUGGAGUUGAAUACACCGACCCCCAGGAGGCUGCCGACCUCAAGAAGAAAAGGUUGUUUCGAAAAUUUCAGUACCGAGGUAUCGAACUCGAAGCUCUCCUCGACCUGAGCAAUGAGCAACUCAUGGAAGUCGUUCAUGCCCGUGCCCGAAGACGUUUUCAACGUGGAUUGAAGCGGAAACCCAUGACCUUGAUCAAGAAGUUGAGGAAGGCUCGAAAGGAGGCUCUUCCCAACGAGAAACCGGCCGUUGUCAAGACUCACCUCCGUGACAUGCUUGUUGUCCCCGAAAUGAUUGGAAGUGUUAUCGGGAUUUACAACGGUAAAACAUUCAACUCUGUUGAAAUUAAAGGAGAGAUGGUUGGACACUACCUUGCCGAGUUUUCCAUCUCCUACAAACCCGUCAAGCACGGUCGACCGGGUAUUGGAGCCACCCACUCCUCACGUUUCAUUCCUCUGAAGUGA